UUGUCAAUGCCUGCAUAACAAAUCUCGUAUGAAUGAACUAAAUCUUCAGAUUGUGUGUAAGAAGACUGUGGACACAUUUUAAGAUGAGAGCUGAAGACUCUGAUGUCGGGAAAAUUUACUGGCGUGUUUUAAGAUCAUCAAACUUCAGCUCCAGAUGGGCGCACACCGGCAACAGCAUCAAUCGGAGACGCAGGUAGAGAAGAAAGCUUUGUGCUGUAGCAGAAGGACCAGCCGCUUGCAUGGCAGCCACCAUGACAUCAAUGCUAUGCCAUCACAGCGAGAUCGGCAGACAACACGUGGGAUCCCUGGUUCUGUGGAUGGUGAUGAUAGGAUUGACACCCCAAUCCUGGGCACAAUCGUCUUCAGGAGCUCAACCGCAUUCCAUAAAGAUCGAGGGUGAUAUCACUCUCGGGGGGCUUUUUCCAGUACAUUCUCGGGGUCCUGCUGGUGUUCCUUGUGGGGAUAUUAAAAAGGAGAAGGGGAUCCAUCGUAUGGAGGCCAUGUUGUAUGCACUGGACCAGAUCAACAGUGACCCAGACCUGCUGCCUAAUAUCACCCUGGGUGCCAGGAUACUGGACACGUGCUCCAGGGAUACUUAUGCGCUAGAACAGUCCCUCACCUUCGUUCAAGCCCUCAUCCAGAAAGACAACUCAGAUGUUCGAUGUUCCAAUGGAGAGCCACCCAUCAUCCCAAAACCAGAGCGUGUGGUUGGUGUCAUCGGGGCUUCGGCCAGCUCAGUGUCCAUAAUGGUGGCCAAUGUUCUUCGACUGUUUUCGAUACCUCAGAUCAGUUAUGCUUCCACAGCACCUGAGCUUAGUGACAACAAUCGCUAUGAUUUUUUCUCUCGAGUAGUGCCGCCCGACUCUUUUCAGGCCCAGGCGAUGGUGGACAUUGUCAAGGCCUUGGGGUGGAACUAUGUUUCCACUUUGGCAUCAGAGGGAAACUACGGCGAGAGCGGUGUAGAUGCUUUCAUCCAGAUAUCCAGAGAAGCAGGUCUUUGCAUUGCACAGUCCAUUAAAAUUCCUAGAGAGCCCAGACCAGGAGAGUUUGACAAGAUCAUCAAGAGGUUAAUGGAGACAUCUAAUGCCAGAGGGGUUAUUAUCUUUGCAAAUGAAGAUGACAUUAAGCGUGUACUUGAAGCAGCAAAGAAAGCCAAUCUGACUGGUCACUUCUUGUUUGUGGGCUCUGAUAGCUGGGGAGCAAAGAACUCACCCAUCCUCAACCAGGAGGAUGUUGCUGAGGGUGCGGUCACCAUCCUUCCUAAGCGGGCAUCCAUUGAAGGGUUUGACCACUACUUCAUCACAAGAUCUUUGGAAAACAACCGCAGGAACAUCUGGUUCGCUGAGUUCUGGGAGGAUGAUUUCAAAUGCAAACUGACGCGACUGGGAUUCAGAGCAGAGAACGGGCUGAGGAAAUGCACAGGAGAGGAACGAAUCAGCAGAGAUUCGCCAUACGAGCAGGAAGGCAAGGUGCAGUUUGUAAUUGAUGCCGUUUAUGCCAUGGCCCACGCGCUCCACAGUAUGCACAUGGACCUCUGCCCGGGUGCUAUGGGCGUCUGUGACAAAAUGGAACCCGUGGAUGGGAGAAUGCUGCUGAGUUACAUCCGUGCUGUCAGUUUUAAUGGCAGUGCCGGUACAGGUGUGAUGUUUAAUGAAAACGGUGAUGCCCCAGGACGAUACGAUAUCUUCCAAUACCAGCUUUCCAACAGCACCAACUCGGGAUAUAAAAUCAUCGGCCAGUGGACCAAUCACCUACGACUCAAUGCUGAGGACUUGCAGUGGUCCGGUGGAGAGAAACAAGUUCCUCAGUCAGUGUGCAGUUUUCCCUGCGAGUCUGGAGAAAGGAAACGCAUGGUAAAGGGCGUUCCGUGCUGUUGGCACUGUGAAUUAUGUGACGGCUAUCAGUACCUCUUGGAUGAGUUUAGCUGUGACACCUGCCCCUUCAACAUGAGGCCCACCCCGAACCGCACCGGCUGCAGACCUACCCCCAUCAUCAAGCUGGAGUGGAGCUCUCUGUGGGCCAUCAUCCCUAUGUUCCUGGCCAUAUUGGGCAUCCUCGCGACAUCCGGAGUUAUCAUCACCUUUAUACGCUUCAACGACACCCCCAUAGUCCGAGCGUCAGGCCGAGAGCUCAGCUACGUUCUCCUGACAGGCAUUUUUCUCAUCUAUCUCAUUACCUUCCUCAUGAUCGCCGAGCCGGGUACCGUGGUGUGCGCGUUCCGCAGGUUGUUUUUGGGGCUCGGCAUGUGCAUUAGCUAUGCAGCCAUGCUCACCAAAACGAAUCGAAUCUACAGAAUCUUCGAGCAGGGGAAGAAAUCGGUCUCACCGCCGAAGUUUAUCAGUCCAACAUCACAGCUGAUCAUCACCUUCAUUUUGACCUCAGUACAGCUACUGGGAAUUUUCAUCUGGUUCGGAGUCGUUCCCCCUCACAUGCUCAUUGACUUCGAUGAGCUGCGGCCCCCCAACCCUGAAUAUGCACGCGGAAUCCUGAAAUGUGACAUGUCAGAUCUCACUCUGAUUGGCUGUCUGAGCUACAGUAUGGCACUGAUGGUCACAUGUACAGUCUAUGCCAUCAAGAGCAGAGGUGUUCCUGAGACCUUCAAUGAGGCCAAACCCAUCGGCUUUACCAUGUACACCACCUGUAUCAUCUGGUUGGCCUUCGUUCCUAUAUUUUUUGGCACAUCGCAAUCCACGGAAAAGAUGUUCAUUCAGACCACCACGCUGACCGUGUCUAUGAGCCUGAGCGCCACCGUGUCCCUGGGCAUGCUGUACAUCCCCAAAGUCUACGUGAUCAUCUUCCACCCGGAGCAGAAUGUGCAGAAGCGCAAACGUAGCUUCAGAGUCGUGGCUCAGGCGGCUGCUGUUUCAUCUCGUCUCUCACAGAAAACCAAUGAAAAGCAGAAUGGAGAAACCAAAACCGAAGCGGAAAAAUCUUAAUAAAGGGCCUGGAGGUGAAAAGAUGGUUUUUGUGUUCAAAUUCCAUCAAAAUGAUUUAAAUUGAUUAUUUAAAUGGAAUCCGACCUAUAUCUAUAUAUUUAUCUAUAGGUUUUCAAGGCACGUGAGAUGAACAUCAGGCUAAGACUUUCAGGAAAAGUCUUUUUCUGCUAAAUCACAUUUUGCAACCUCAAAUGGACAGGAGUUACUAAAGGAUGUGGUCGUUUUUGUUACAUCUACAACAAUACAGGAGUUUUGUGUAUUGAACACUAUAUAAAAUAUGUACAAUACGUACAGGAACAAUGGAUUUUUUUUACGUGGAACUCUCGCAUCAGCUUUAAGACUGAAACGUAUUUGUCCUUUUUUAUUUUUUUCAUUGUCAACACGCCUCACAAAAUGAGUUAUAGUAUUAAGUCAAUUAAAAAUGAGGACUGUCUAAAAUUGUCCCGUUGGGGUAGGAAACACUAAACAAUUUCUUCUACCAUUUCAGUGUUUGUGUUUAAAGUGUCCACACAUACAACUUAAGAGACAUGAGAGAAUGACAUUGAGUAUUCAGUAUCAGACCAAAUGGUGUUCUGCUGUUCAGACCACAGAUACAUAAUAUGGGAUCACAUUUUUUAAAUCAGUUUAACUGAUGGAGUGCAAAUACACUCCAUGAAAUCUGUGCUUUCAACAAUGUGCCAUAUCUGUUUUGUUUUUUUAAUAAAUAUAUAUUUAAGUGUCUUGUGUGCGAUCCUCAGAAUAGGUUAUUUCCUGUGAUAGAUCACCAAGAAAAACAAUGAUCUGUAAAGUUAGAGCAUUACUCUUUACAUGUUUCUUGAGAUGAUAUUUAUUUUAAAACAAAAUAUAUGCUGAUCUGAUGAAAAUUAAUGAAAAUAUUGAUAAUCUGUUUUGAUUUUAGAGACAUUUUAGAUAAUUUCCUGGAAUUUUCACAACAAAUUAACUCUUGUACAAAAAUACAUUGAUCAGUUUAUCUACUUAUAGUUAUUUCUGAGCUUGCUUGGUUAAAUAACACUUAAGCCAGAAUCUUUUUUUGUGAAAACAUUUUUUGUAUUUAAAGUAUUUCUUGACCUAAACGACAACCAAGUGGAUACAUUCAUGUUCCAUUUAGAUGUACUUAACCUUGAUGAAUUUUGACUUGUUUUCACUGGAAACACUGGGAAAAUGUACUGAUUGAAUGCAUGUUGGGAAAAGU